AUGAAUCGCCUGGCACAAUUCUUUGGCGCUUCUGCUGCCAGUACCCCUGAGAAGACCCCUGACCCGUGGAUCGUGCAAGAACGCUCCGUUGAUGAAGCCAGACCACUGAGAGUAGUUGUCAUCGGCUCGGGGAUUUCUGGUAUCGUUGCAUCUAUUCGCUUCAGGCAACGCAUCCCCAACCUCGAUCUAUGCGUUUACGAGAAGAAUGCAGAUGUCGGAGGCACGUGGUUGGAAAACAGAUAUCCCGGCUGUGCAUGUGACAUUCCUGCCCAUACUUAUCAGGCCACAUUUGAGCCUAACAAACAAUGGUCCACUUUCUAUGCCGCGGCUCCAGAGAUUUACCAGUAUUGGAAGAAAGUAGCGGACAAAUACGGCUGUGAGAAGUGCAUCAAGUUUAAGCAGCAAGUUGUGGAAGCUGUGUGGAACGAAAAGGAUAGCAAAUGGCAACUGAAGGUCAAGGACCUAGAUAGUGAUUCGGUGUACUCAGACCAGUGCGACGUGUUGAUCUCGGCCACCGGUUUUCUGAAUGAAUGGAAAUGGCCAAACAUCCCAGGUCUCCAUGAUUUCAAAGGGAAGCUGAUGCACAGUGCCCGGUGGGAUGAGAGUUAUGACUACAGUGGCAAGAGAGUCGCUGUGAUUGGAAACGGCUCGAGCGGUAUACAAAUCGUGCCUGGAAUGCUACCGAAAGUCACGCACAUGGACCACUAUGUCAGGAGCCGAACAUGGAUCUCACCUAGCUUUGCUAGGGAAGAAGUCGAGAGACGAGGGUCGAAACUAGACAACUUCUCGUUUACCCCGGAAGAACUCGAGACCUUCAACAAGGACCAUAGUGCGUAUCAGAAUUUCCGGAAAGAAAUCGAGGUACAACUACAGUCUGUCCACGGCGCGACCAUACUAGGCACGCCAGAACAGCUAGGGGCCAAAGACGUUUUCGCUCAGAACAUGAAACAGCGGUUGUCAAGAAAGCCAGAGUUGUUUGAAGAUCUCGUACCCUCAUUCCCACCUGUUUGCCGCCGGCUUACCCCCGGGCCCGGCUACUUGGAGGCCUUGACAGAUGAAAAGGUGGAGAUCAUCACUAGCGGGAUUGUUCGGGUUGAUGCAGAUGGUAUCAUCACCGCCGAUGGGGUGCAUCAUCCUACUGAUGUCUUGGUGUGUGCCACCGGGUUCGACACCAGCUUCACCCCCCGGUUCCCCAUCACGGGGCGUGACGGUCUGUCGCUGGCGGAGCGGUGGAAGGAUACGCCCGAGUCCUACCUCUCCAUAGCAGUCGAUGGGUUCCCGAACUACUUCAUCUGCUUCGGGCCCAACUCGGCGCUGGGGGAGGGCAACCUGUUACUCUUGGCCGAGAAGGUGAUUGAUUAUUUCACCUCCUGCGUGCAGAAGAUGCAGCGGGACAACAUCCGGUCCAUGUCAGUCAGGCAGGAUGCGGUCAAACGGUUCACGCGACACUGCGAUCAAUACUUCUCCCGCACGGUGUACAGCGAGAAGUGCCGAAGCUGGUAUAAAGGGGGAGAUGAGGAUGGACGGGUGAUAGGCGUGUGGCCCGGAUCGUCACUCCACUCACUCAAGACCCUCUCGCAUCCCCGUUGGGAGGACUUCACCUACGAGUAUGUUGACGACAACAUGAAUGGCUGGAUCGGCGAUGGGUGGACGGAGAAUGAGAAGAAUAACGCGAUCGAGGUGAACUAUCUGGACGAUGAUCAGGUGGACUUUCCUUUGACAGUGGUUGAGCCCCUGAAGAAUUAGGCCGCCGGCAUGCGGUGUCUCCUUUAAUAUUACAGGCAAUCACCAUCAUCUGAUCAGUAUCAUAGAGGUAGAUCGGCCAUGAGAGAUCUGAUGAAAGCGUCCAGAGGGUUGCUCUUCCCAUCCAUUGUUGGGUUGUUCUGCGUAGGCGGGAGGGUGCACUACACCCAUCUGGGGUUCUGUAAGUUUGACUUCUUGCCACUCAGGAUGGGAUCUAGGCUGUUCCCGCGCUGUACUCUGAAGCGUAAUGUGAGGAAGUAGUUUGUAGAAGUGUUGUGGUGUGUAAUCUAUCUCCAGUGGACUGCCGUCUCCCUUGCCGGGCCCACCGAGAAACCGCGUCACUGGAUGGUAAGAUUACCCGGUAACAUGCCCGAUGGCAGCCCCGUUGCCGGUGAACUCGGGCGUAAGGCGCAUACCAGGGAAAGAGGGCGUAACUACGGAACGAGCCGGCCACCUUUCCUUUUACUUUGGGUGGGAAGAUGGGCAAAAACCCAC